AUUAUUCACAUUAACGAAAAUAAAUUAUUCAACUAUAAUGUCAAAUCGACUUGCAAAGCAAACACUUGAUUUCAUUCUCAAAGGCAGCAGUGGAUCGAAUGGCGUUGCCAAACGGAAACAACAGAUACAACGUGAACGAGAACAAAAGGAGGAACAGGAAAAGAAAAGACUACGAUUACCGGAUACCAAAAAGGGGAUAAAAAAGAUCAAGCACGAGAUGCGUUAUGGACGUCAGCAAAAAGCCAAGGCAGCACUUGAAAAGCUCGAGAAAAAAGGAAACCCAUUAGAUGCAUUAUACGAAGAACAACAGGCAAUACAGGAUAAUUUGGAACGAAAUGUACGGAUUCUUCAAGCACAUCGACUAAAAGCAUCCGACAGUGAACGGAAAAUGCGUAAAAAGCUGUUGAGCUAUAACAAGCAGCUAGGAGACAGCAAGAAAGCUUCGUCGGCAUAAUCGUUUGGAGGCGAACUGUAGAUAUCCGUAUUCAUGAAUAGCAUCAAGCAUUAAAAAAAAUGUACAGUUGUAUAUUACAUUAUCUUCAAAAUCGUUCUAAAUGGGAAGAGUAGAGGCUGUCACUCG